AUGAAAAGUUACUCGGACCGCAAGGCGUUGACGGUGGCUGAACGAUUGGAAUUGUGGAAGAAGCAUAAUUUGUAUCGGGCAAAAGUGAGACGUGGCGAAAUAGAAGAUGAGCCUCCAGCGGAAUCGCUUCCUAUGUUAAGAUGGAACAGAACGUUGGGACGACUGGCUCAACAGUGGGCAGUUCAUUGCAGAUUUGAACACGAACCAAACCAAGAAACGGGCGAGAAUUUGGCAUUUGCAACCUACAGAGAUUGGGACCCACUCAAGGCAUGGUUCGAUGAACAUGUGAAUUACACCUAUGGACGAUUUCCGAAACACGUGCGAAAGAAUAUUGCACAUUACACCCAGCUUGUUUGGGCAGAGACGCGAUCAGUCGGUUGCCACAUCGAAAAAUGCUCCAAACUGCACACCAAAGAUGGCAUUGUGAAGAACGCGUAUUACACUGUGUGUAAAUACUGGCCACCUGGCAAUUACGUCGGAGAAUACCCUUACGUCAGAUCGCGUAAGCGAAGAAGCCGGAGCCAUUGGUCGGGGCGAGGGGAGCAAUAA